GAUAAGCUCCGGGACCGACACUCAAACCUACAUGUCCUACAACUGGACGGUACGGACUAUAAGAGUUUUGAUGGCUUUGCCAAACAAGUGGCCGAUAUUGUGGGCGACAGGGGUUUGGAUACACUCAUCAAUAACGCAGGCAUUGCUAUUGCGUCAAAACUGGAUGCCGUGACCGCCGAUGAUAUGGUGACAAGUUUUAAAGUUAAUUCAGUGGCGCCUCUAAUGCUCACCAAAGCCUUAUUACCAGUACUUAAGAAAUCGGGAGCAACUAAGCGCAAAACAACUGUGGCCAACAUUUCAUCCCUAGGUGGCUGUAUUACAAACAUACACAUGGCCAAAGAUACGCUCGGUAUGGUUUACCCAUAUUUUACAAGUAAAGCCGCGCUUGAUAUGAUCACAAAAUGCUUGUCCGUUGAUUUGGCCGCAUAUGGUAUUAAUGCUGUGGCCGUACACCCGGGCCACGUAAAGACCGAUAUGGGCGGUCCCACCGGUGCUUUAACUGUGGAGACUAGUGCUGAUGUUUUAAUAACGGGCGCCAAUCGUGGCAUUGGUCUCGGAUUAGUGACCGCAUUGUUAACUAAACCCAACGGCGGACCCAAACACGUGAUCGCCACUACACGACAGACCACUAAUCCAGCGUUGGAUGAGCUCCGGGACCGACACUCAAACCUACAUGUCCUACAACUGGACGGUACGGACUAUAAGAGUUUUGAUGGCUUUGCCAAACAAGUG